CUGGACAUUGCAAAACUCUAAGACGCAAUAUGCGUUUCAUAAGCUCACUGGCAAUAAGAUUUAAAAAAAAAAAAGUCUGCCAGAAUAUUGAGUUACCUAUUUACAUAAAAGGACAGCUCACCAGCAGAGAACGUUCUAUUUACCGCCCUUCACGUUCUCCCAACAAAACAGCUGAUACAAAGCAAUCCUAAAGCUUCAGGGAAUGAAAGUUACUGGUAGCGGAUAAACGUCAUCGAGCCGCCGCCAUCUUGGUUUAACCACUACAUCACCGAACACACGCCGCAGCCAUAUUGGUGCAGGCAAGGGAAAAUAGCGCGUGCGGAGUGUGUUCCGGUUGUUAGGGGAAUGUUUUGAUUUGCAGGUAUUCGGAUGCUUCUGCUAACUAGUAAGUAGUAAGGUACGUUUUCUUUUCAUUGCUAGUUUUUCAUUGUCAGCCGAUAUUAUGGUUUAUGAAACGAGACUUCCUAAUAAUUUGUUUUGUCAGCGUUCAGCGUUGUCAGUAAUAUAAAUUAAUAAGAUGAGUUUUAUAUAUAUAUAUAUAUAUAUAUAUAUAUAUAUUUUAAUACAUCAUAGAUGAUGUGUAUGUUAUAAGAGCUUUUUAGGAUCAUGUCCUGCCCUGGACCACUCAAAAAAUACAAAAACAGCAUUUUUUUGUCAAUUCAGUGUGGUUUUUAUGGUCAAAAUAUUGCCCACCCCGCCACCCAAGUUAUCUGUUUUGGUAUUUUAGUGUGCCCCUCCGGUCAGAGCUACCGUGUCAAUCCUGACAGCUGUCACCAGUGAGGACUGCAAGACAUUUUUUUUCUAUAUAUUGAGGAUCACAAGAUCGUUAAUAGACUUCAGUGCUGUACUUUGGGUGAGAGUACAGCAAUGUUGUCGACUCCCGAAGAGGAUCCGCCCGAGGAAGAUGGUCACUCCCAUGAGGGACAGGUUCUGGUAAGUAGAACACACCUUUACCUGCCACCCCAGCUACCAGUCCCCCAGGGGUGAUGUCAUUAUUGGAGCGGGAGUGGAGCAGGAGAGGGUCUUUGUGAAUUUGGCAAAGACCCCAGAUAACUAUCACAGCUUGAAUGGUCUUCUCGCUGCAUCCCAGUCCUCUUUCUCCAAGACUGAAGACAGUGGUCCAAUCCGAUAAGAAGCAAUGAGAACACACAGCUGUAAAUGGCAGUUGCCGCAAUUCGCCAAUCCAGUGCUUCUCAUAGAUCUGGCAGCAUACCUUUCAUGAUGCUGAUGACAGAUGUCAAAAUUAUUCAAUAGAGGAAUCUUUUCUAGUCCAUAUCCCUUAGUUACUGCCUGUCUGAUGAUGUAGUUGUGGAAACUGAAAAAUAUAAACUGGGCCUUUUCUUAGAAUGGGUGCUGUUUUCAUAUGCAAGGCUCCAAUUGCAGCAUCGGCAAACAUAAAUUCACCAGUUUAGCUAUAGCCACUGAUUGGCUAUACUCAUUUUGUUUUCAGUUCAUGACAUUUUGCCAUUAAACAGUGGGAUGGCACAGUAAACAAUUUAUACACCAUAAACACUACAAGAAACUUGAGUGGUUAUGAAAACUAGAGUGUCACUUCAAUCACCAAUGGAAUUUGCAGAAUAUUUAUUUCACAUACUACAGGGAAACAUUUUCAUGUGCUGCCCUUCAACAUAAAGAUAUCUAUUUGUGCAGGUAAAGUGGUUUGAACUGUUGAAAAGCACGUCUAGACUGUUCCUUCAAGCUUGGCAAAACUUUUUUUUUUUUAAAUCAUAACAUGGAUCCAUUUCAGAGCCAUUAAAACAGUCACGCACAUGGAGAUUGUGAAAUAUCAGUAUAACUGAGUUUUAGGCUCUCCCUCUGUCAUCUGGCUUGGCAUAUUAUGAACAUGUGACGAGGAGCAAGUCCCACUACCAAACUUAAUAUAAUAGUUCAGAUGGCAAUAGGAAUAAUUGCAAGUCAGUGUCACAACUACUGUAUGACCCAACACGCAAAACUAUGAUAACACGAACAGCAUAUACUGGGCCUUAGAAUGGCUGGACUUAAUGUAAGAGAAUGGUCAAAACAACAAGCCGAGGUUGGGGAUACAGAAUGAGACAAUACGAAUACACUAGCCAAAGGUCAGGAUACCAGAAGUAGGGAUAGUCAAAACAUAAGCCAAAGUAAAAAACUAGAAAAUAUACCAAGAACACACUCUGACAACCAACAAGUGGAAACCACGACAGGGCACUGAGAAAAGGGUUUGAAUAUGCCUCGCAGUGCUGUAAUUGUUCAGUACAUGGGCUUUGACCCCAAAACGUUCAUGUGCGUCUAAAUCGUGAUAUCACACACACACUGGCGCCAUCUUUAAUGUGGGCAGUGUGACCUUCAUCGGUAAGAAUGGGACCCCGGCGUCCCUUUAAACGACGCACCAGCCGGGAGCCGUCUUCUGGGAGGAUUGGGCCACCGCAAUCCAGGUGAGUUUAAUUUUCCCUUUCGGCGCGACCGCCCUGCUAAUGUGCGGCCGCGCCGGUUGGGGAUUUACUUUUGUCUGAAGUAUCGGUGUGGCCGCACUUUUCACGCCAAUACGAACACCCUGCCCCGUGACAGUCAGGCCAUGAGACCGUUUAUUAAGCUGUCGUCCAUUGCUGUAUAAGCAAAUAAAAUAUUAGCAUUUUUAAAAUAGAUCAGUAUAUUUGUCAAUACCAAAAAACAUCUUUCAUAACAAUAAAGUUCCAUAAUUUUAGGAAAGUGUUGUGUUUUAGGUUAUCAGGUCUUCCAGUUAAAACUAUUUGGAAUAUGAUCUUCUUUUAAUGCAUUUUUCCUUAAUCCCAAACAUUACUUUAAAUUUCUUAAAUUACAUUUUUAAUUACAUUUUUGACUUUUCAGUGUUUUGGUCAUGUAUUUUUCUGAAUUAGAAAAAAAGAAAUAAAUGAAAGAUUAGAUUGAGGCUAAUUUUAUUAUAGAAUUAAAUCCAUGCAUUUGCAUUGGAUAAGUAGAAGGAAUGCUACUGUUUACAUAAACAUCAAGCCAAAAUAAAUAGAUAAAUACCCCCCACUAACUUGUGUGUUAGGGUAAAUAAAUGACUACAGUCUUAGAUUGGGGGGAAAAGGGAAAGCAAUGUUUAGCGAAAUGUCCAUUACAAAAUACUUCCAUUCCUAAAAUGCUACCUUAAGACCCAAUAAUAUGUAUAACACAAUUAGGCAAUAAUUAACUUACCUUUAACACAAUCAUGUACAUCUAUGUCUAGGUAUUAUCCAUUUACAACUUCGACUCCAAAGAGGGAGGAGUAUAGUCUAGAAUAAGGAGCAGGAUAAACCGGUGUGUGAUAAACUCCCUUAAUAUGCUUACAUUCUCAAAGGAGCAGUCAAGUAAAUUGGGCAUUCCUACACUAACCUAUCAUUUCACCUCAAUCAAAUGGGCACCUUGUUAUAAUUUAUUUGAAUUCCACUACUUUGUCACUUUUGGGUGUUGGUGUUGUAAGGCAAGCAUGCAGUUUAUUGAGGGGAAGACGAAAAUAAUGAAGUAACACUUAGUGUCAGAUACCUUGCCUACUUACAUUUAUUUGCUCUAUCCCACAAGUUAUAGAGUGGAGUUUAUCUACUUUGGCUUAAUGUUUACGUAAACCGUAGCAUUUCUUCUACAUAUCCAAUGCAAAUGCAUAAUUUAAUUCUAUAGUAAGUUAGCCUCACCAAUCUACUGCUUUGAUAUAUUUAAUUUUUGUUGAUGAGUGUCUAUUAAAGUUUUAAAUGUUAAUCAAAGGUAGGGACUUUUUAGUCCAUUGCUCUCGUUGGGGGUAUUAGGAUUUUUUUCUUUUUGGCUUUCCAUCUAUUUUUCAAUUUGUCUUAUGUAUUCUUUUCUUUCAUUUGACAGAGGACAUGAAGAGACAAGUCAUCAUUCGUGAAAUAUGCUUGCAAUGCUUUAAAGUGUAUUGCUUGUUUGUUUAACAUAUACAGUUGUUACUUAUAAAACAUAUAUACAGUGACUAUUGUGCACAUCUUCCACCUGUGCCCUUGAUAUGGAAUACAACAGGACUCAUGGUGCAGUUACUGAUAUUUCAGUUCCAAAUGUAGCGCAACUUAAUCACCUAUCCCAACAAGAAAAGACAGCUGAAGGUGUUGAUCAAGAUAUUCCACCAAGCCCUGAGCUUUUCAGUGAUACCGAAAAUUCCACUAAUAAGGAUGACUGCAGCACAGUGGAAAGGUAAGCACUUUUUUAAUUGUUACCUCUUUUUCCACUACACUGAACAAUACUAUAUAGUAAUAUUUUUAUUUUAUUUUUUUUGUUGUGUCCAUCAGUGAUGACUCUGGGUCCUUAUUCCAAACUGAGGUGACAUGCAUGCCUACUCGAAGAAGGGGAAAGAAACCAGCACCAAUGUUAUCUUCCAUAUCUUCUGAUGACUUAUCAGACUAUGUUCCACCAACAAAGCAGAUUACUCUCCAUGAGAUUUUUCAAAAACAUUUUGGAAAGAGAAAAAGAAAGAUCGGCAAAGCAGGAAAGUAUCGUCCACAACCAAGAAAAACACCCAAGAAUAAGAAAGAGUAUAGAAAACGGAUGCUACACAAAGGAAUUAGGUUUCCGUUUAAACAUAGAAAACACUUGACCUUCAGGAUGUCUUUUGCAUAUGAGGUAAGAUUUCAGGGUCUUUUCUUUGUGUGCUUUUCCUUCUCCUACACGUCUAUAGCUGGUACAUCAACAUUUAUAGUAUAUAAUUGGAAGUGUGUGUGAAAUUAAAUUUAAAGGGACACUCCAGUGCCAGGAAAACAAAUCGUUUUCCUGGCACUGCAGGUCCCCUCUCCCUCCCACCCCACAUCCUAUGUUGCUGAAGGGGUGAAAACCCCUUCAGUGACUUACCUGAGACCACCGCCAAUGUCCCUCGGCGGGGGACGUCAACCGGCGGAAUGAGACUGGCAAUGCUGCGCGCGCGCAUUAGACCUCCCCAUAGGAAGGCAUUGAAAAAGGUUUCAAUGCUUUCCUAUGGGGAUUUUAGUGACGCUGGAUGUGCUAUAGACCAGGAAGUGCCCUCUAGUGGCUGUCUAGUAGAUAGCCACUAGAGGAGGAGUUAACCCUGCAAUCUAAAUAUUGUAGUUUAUGAAAACUGCAAUAUUUACAGUUGCAGGGUUAAGGGUAGCGGGAGUUGGUACCCAGACCACUCCAAUGGGCAGAAGUGUCCCUUUAAUAUAACCAUACCCUCAUCUAAGUGAAAAAUAAAUAAUGUAAAAAUGUUUAUGAUAAAUUGGAUGGCUUCUCUCUCCUUUUGACCUUCCCCAUUGUGCCAUAUAUUGGAUAGAUGGCAAUAAAGACAAACAAGAGAUACUGCCAAUAUAAAAAAAACACAAAAAAAACCCACAAAACAGAAUAGUGUAGCACCACAAAAUCUAGAUAACGGUCAGGGUAUAUAUUCCACGUAUCAGUGUAACGUAAAAGAUAAAGAGCCUUGAAUAAAAUCUGCAUGAAUAAUUAGGAACAUGAGCUGGAAAAAAAGCAUCAAAUAUCCACUAUAAAGUAGAGGAUUAGAGCCGCCAUUCCGGGGAUGACGGUUGUCACGGGCCCGCUGGUCCUGGGGGGACACUCGGGCCCCCCAUUCCCAGUGUGUGUGUGUGUGUGUGUACAUCUAUAUAUAUUGUGCCUGGCAGCGGCAGAACUAACCCCGUUGUGGCUGCACUUGGGCCAGCAUGAUGAGGCAUGUGUCUUAAGGGGCCUGGUCAGUGCUGUGGAUCUCGAAUAGCGAGUUUAGCCCCCUUUUAAAGAUCCUGGCAGUGCUGGGAGGAAGUGAACUUACUUCCAGCAAACACCUGUGCUGGAGGGAAAAGCAAGCAAGUACAGGGGAGGGAGACCUGGAGAGUAGGGGAGAGCCAGACCCACAUUAGCCCUAGCCAGCAGAGUCCACCCUCUUGCAGCCAAAAGGUAAAAAACAGGAGGGUGGCUAAAAAAAAUAGUGUGUGUAUGUAUCUGUGUGUCAGUGUGCACCUGAGUGUAUGUGUGAAUAUCUGUCAUUGUUUGUAUCUGUGUGUAAUGAUGUGCCAGUGUGUGUCUGUGUAUCUGUAUAUGUUUAUGCAUUUGUGUGUCUGUAUCUUUUUGUCACUGUGCACACUGCAUGUGUGUGUAUAUCUGUCAGUGUGUGUGACUUUGUAUCGGACUAUGUGUGUGUGUGGCUCGUAUCUCUGUGUGUGUGUGUGUGUGUGUAACUGUGUGUCAAUGUGCAUGAAUGUGUUUCUGUGUGUGUGUGGAUGUGUAUACAAUACACACAAAUGCACUCCUGCAUACAAACACCAACAUUCACAUACACACAUACCCCAUACAAAAACAUACUCCAUUUUGGCCACUUUACACACACUGCACCACUACACAACACACUGCAUUCACUACACAUGCGCACACACUGCAUCCUUGUGGGCGGACUCAGGGGCAUGCCUCGUGGGUGGACUCUGUAGAGGACUGAUAUCUUUUAAAAGUGAGCCUUGCAAUGCAUCUCUAAGUAAUGCAAAGGACAAUACAAUAGUCCAAAAACAUCAAACCGUUUAAAAGAUUGCCAUAUUUAUUACAUUUUUAAAAUUAAAACAUUAAACAUUCACUAUCUCUAUGAUAAAUUAUAUAUUCAUAGACUUUGGGUGGGGGUGUUAAAGAGAAACCUGUCAUGACAGAUUAUCUAUAAAAUAUUUUUUGAAAUUAUGUAUAAAAACUGUUUUGUAUUACAAAUAGUGGUCAGAAGUAUUAAAAGUGGGAGAAUCGUAAUGAAACCCUGUGGAUGUAGGCAGCACAUUUCAUUGGUGACUGAACUCAUUUUACAUCUUAAGACCACUUUCCAGGACAUGACACGUUUAUAAACUGCCCCUAUGGUUCCUUAUGUAGUAGAAAAAAAGCAGUAGUAGCAAUGUGUUCCUCCCUGUUACAGCAGUCACGCAUUCAGUAUAUGAAAGAGUUACUCCAACCCUUUUUGAAGGGGGGGGGUUUCUGAGUAAUAUGCCCUAUUGGGCACUAUGAAGAAGGUCUCCUCUCCAUUUGCAGUAUAACCUUUUUACUUUCCUUGGAGUCCAGCGCUGUCUUCCAUGCACCACCUCUGAUGUCACAGGGGCCUUGCGCGGUCCAAUCACAGGCUUCUCAUAGUGAAUUUUGUGAGGGACAAGUUGCAUAAUCAUUGCUUUCCAUUUUUUCCAAUGUAAAACUUACAUUACUUACUCUAUCCCACAAGUUAUUAAGGGGUAUUUUGGCUUCAUGUUUAUGUAAACCGUAGCUUUUCUUACAUAUCUAAUGCAAAUCUACUGGGUGUGUAAAGGGAGAAGCCUGUGAUUGGUCUAUUCUGCCAGCUCAAAGCGUAUGUGUGUACUGUAGGCUGUCUCUCACUCUCAAACACUGCACAUACUGACUCCUACCUUCAUGACCACUUCAAAUCACUGAAGUGGUCCUGGUAGCUGGAGUAACACUAAUGUAGAGAAGGUCUUAACAGAAAACUCCUGUUAAUAAAAUGUUACUGUUGGCAUUGAACAUUGAUUAUUUUGGAUACAUCUUUAUGCAAAAACCCUCUCUUGGCUUCUGUUAUUUGGAUUUAAUUUAAACCCAGUAUUUUCUACCUGGAGUGAGUUGGCAGUUUCCCAACAGCUUGAUUAGCAAGAUCUAGUAAGGUUUAAAUGUUACUGCUGUGAUAUGGGCUAUUUCAAGCACCAUGAGUGCUUUGUUUUGUGCAGUUUUUUUCAGUAAGAAAUUCUGCACAAACUGAAAUAUUUAAUAUUCCUGCUGGAGGUGUAACUCCUCGUUCGGAAGCGCUAAUGUCAAUUCUGUGCAUAUUUUAUAUUAUUUUAGUUCAUUUAUUGGCUGAGGACUUUAAGCUGACAUUUUCAGCCAGUGUAUAUACAGCAGGAUUGACAUCCAGCUUUUUCAGCUCUGCAGGAACCAGAUGCUUGGUCAGCCAGCCAUUAUAUUGGUCUCUGUGCAUAUGUUGGACCAAGACAAGAAGCAAACUGCUGCAAAAUGGUUUGAUCCAUUACCAGGGGAAUGUCCCAGGGUACUCCUAGAAUCAGAACCACUACAGUUAAUCAGGUUAAUGAUGAUGGUUAUCUUUUACAGCUGCCUUAAAUGGUUACUCUAUUACUUGAAGGAGGUAUGCUGGAAUGAUUUUUACCUGAUUAAGUGUGAGACAAUCACAUGUGUCUGCAGCAAUACUCUUUUUAAAGACCCUUAAAUAUAAAUAGGGUUAUUUACUAACAGUAUAGGAUUUAACAUGUCUGCAAUUUAUACCACUGAUAAAAGUAACCAUAAAUAUGGACACCACUAAAGAUUCUGAUAUAUUGUGCAACAGACAAAAUCAUAAAAGGGAUAAAACCAGCAGCAAUCACCUAAAUUUGUGAUGUAAAAUAUUGAAAACCAGAAAUGUGUUAAGCUAAAAUAUUAUUGCAUACACAUGGUCAGUUUCAUAAUUUACCAAAAAACUAUUUUCAUAAAACCAUCUGAAAAAAAUAUAUGCAAACAAAUGUAGUAAACAAAAAUUAUAUUCUCUAUGUGCUUAAAAUUAUAUAAAAUUUCUCUAUGUGCAGACCAUCUGAUUUAAAAUCUUUAGUUGUUCACACUUCUAAAAAGUUGGUUUGCACUCACAUUUCCCAGAGCCUGAUCAGCUCUGGGUGGGAAAGGCUGCUAUGGAGAAGGAAAUGAUCCCACAAUCAGGUAUUCCAGAUAAAUUAGGCAUGGUCUACAGCACUGUGUGGGAGACAGAAACCAGGAGCACACCAAUGGCACAGUAUAAAAGAUGAAUGUAUUAGUAUCACAAUUAAAACUGCUUAUUAAGAUUAAGAUUUGGGCUUGUAAUACAUAAAUUCCCACAAAAGCGCUUUUUGUUAAAAUUCAAUCGUUCCUGUUGCUUCCAUGUCUCGGAUCCUGGCUCCGCCCCCUUAUGACGUCACACGUUUCACCCGUGUGUCCCGGGCUUCCUCGGACGUCCUCUGUGUGCUGCUUGACGUCUAUUUACGCCUGUAACUCUGCCUCCACUCGUUCCUGAUUGGCGGAGUUCGUAAACCAAAUCCAAAGAUAUACAAAUCGUGUGUGUCUCUCGUCCCACAUUCAAUCUAACUGGAGAAAGUUUUUCAAAGUCCUCACAGUUGUAUACCAGAGUUCAUAUAUAUUGUCCAUCAAAACAAUAAAGUUAAAAUUGGGAAAAAAUCAUAUAUUUAUUCAUUAUUAUCAAAACAGGCACAUUUAAUACUAACCCCAAAAAAAAUUAUUUGGUAACUAAAGCAUUUCUGAUUUAGGCAAUAAUCCUUUUUCAUUAUAACAAUGUUUUAGUCUUCCUUUUUCCUUCCUCUCUAUAUUUCUGGGGUACAAUUUUAAGCACAUAGAGAAUAUCCUAAUAUAAGAUUGGGCAUUUUUAUAAAACAGCAUUUAGUAGAUAAUCUUUAGAUUGCUUGAAAGCCUAUAAAAUAUAUGAAGGAGGAUAAGAUGCAUGUGGUAUAUAAUUAGAACAUAUUCUGGGUUAGCAUUGCAAUUUCAAUGCAGUCAAAUGAUAACAUAAGACUAAGUAGGGACUAUUUAGUCUUAUGAUAAAACCCUACUGUGACAAAAGGUGGUGCAUGUGCAAGAGUUUAGCACUGACAUGGGCUACUGAUGGAUGAUGCUCCCGGAGCUGAGGAAAGAAGAUUGCCACACCCACGGGGGACAGUAUCAGGUAAGCAUAAUUUACCAUACUUGCGCCACCGCACCCCAAUUGGUGAUGUCCUCCAUAAAUUAGUAAAUUUGUCCUGUAUCAAAAUUCUUUGAAACACGCAAGCAAAUCGUCCAUUUAUUCCCCCAACGAAUCAGAUGUGUACUAAAAGACUUUUGCUUCAGACAAAUCGAUUUGUUUAUGGUAAAAACACGUUUUUGCCCAAGUGUUGACCCUUUAAUGUCCCUUUAAUGUAAUCUUGUAAAACUAUACUUAUAAACAUGUACUUCUUGUUUUAAAGCAAUUUGUUCUAGGUGGAUUUCUUCAUCACGUAGAGAAACUCAAGUCUGAGCGUUCUUUGCACAAUUCACUAAAGAGCAUGAAUGUCACAGAAGAUUUGGAUGAUGAUAGUUUUGCAUUCAGAAAAUACAAAUAUCUAGAUGAUGAAGGACCCAUUUCCCCCAUCUCUGAGCCUGAGUAAGCUGUAGCUGUAAUUAUCUUUGAAAGCACAUGUUAGAAUUGUAUAGCACAAAAUAAGAAAAUGAGGCGGUAACUACAUUCCAGUUCAGUGUAAAAAAAAAAUAAUUCUUUGCAUUGCUAUUGUUGUGAUACUGUUCACUAUCAGCAAUAUAAGUGCAUAAAGUGAAAUAAGAAAUGUUGGCUCAUUAAUGCUUGCAUAUAAAUAGGAUACACAUCUAAACCAAAUUUUGUGUCCUACUUUUAAUUUUAUAUAGAGUCUGACAGCAGUAAUAUUUGCUUCCCUAUCAUAUCCUAGUUAUAUGUGCAGUAACUGAAUCUUUUUUUUUUUUUAUUUUUUUUUUAAGUGUUAAUAAUAAAAACCUUUUUUAUAUGUAAUUCUGGAGUGUUUUUAAAAGUAUAGUUAAAUUAUUGGGUCCCCUUCCUGUUCCCCUAAUAGUGAAACAGGUGAGGUGGUCCUCUACCACAACUCCAGUCUGUUUCGGGGAGAUAAUCAGUACAAGGGAGCUUACUUAGCAGGAAGUCCCUGCUAAGGAAUCUCUGGGUCCCUGGCAUUAGUAGUGGAGGUGCAGAGCAGCACCUGGCAAAUCCAGGGUAAGACGUAAACUGUUCAAAACUGGUUUGAACACUUAUAAUGGGGGGGGGCCAGGGCACUUCUUAAAGAUGAUGUGAUGGAUAUGAUACUUGGAUCCUUUAAGGUAUUACUGACAUAUUGAUAUUUUUAAUGUUCACCCCAUGUGUAGAGUAUGCAUAUGCCAUUUUUUUCUGUUUUCAUAAGUAUUGCAUGAGAGUUAAACAAAAUAAAAAAAAUUUAAAAAUACCAUACUAUAAUUAAUGUGGAGCCAUCACUUCUGUGGCAAUUACAUUUUUAAAUAAAAAUUAUUUUUUAAAAUUGCCUAUACCUUGUAUUGACCUUAUUUUCAUGUGAUGCUCCAUUUUCUUUUAAAUUUAUUUUAAAGAUUUGGCAAGUGACAGCACAGGCGAGGUACAUAAUGCAAAUGACAAGGAGAAAUGGAAACAUUUGCUUAAUUUCUUUUUUUCUUUGCAUUCCUUCUCUAUGUUGACUGUAAAGAAUAAAGGACAGAGUUUAUGAUCAUGAGUAAUCCUAAUUGCAACUAAAAUGUACUUCUCUCACCCUUUCACAGUCCCUCCAUUGAGAGUAAUGGUAAAUCAUUUUUUUAUUUAUUUUUUCAAACUUCACAUUUUUUUUUUUUUUUUUAAAUAUACCAGAUAAAUAAACAUAACAUUGUUUAUAAUUAAGCAAGUAGUAACUUAAACCAGAAAAUGUAAGUGGUAAAUAUGAAUUCAUUUAAAUGUUUUGUAGUGAAAAUGCUAACUGUGAUCAAGAAGAACCAGAAGAAGAUGAUGCCAGAAUUGUGGUUAGUGAAACUUUCUAUUUCUUCACCUUUAAAAGUUGGCUCCAAGUUAAUUUCACAUUCUUUCACCAUUAUUGCCUGUUAUUGCUUCCAUGUUUAUUUUUUUUCUUUGUUGGAAUUCUUUUGUAUAUUUAUAAAUAGGUAAUAAGUGCUUAAUUGUCAAAAAUAUAAAUUGUCCAAUAAAAACAGAAGAUCCAGCUCACUCCCCUAAACAGCAACUUCAGUGCUGACAGAUUUAGUUACCUAAUCCGGGGGGGGGGAAGGGGUGGAAUAAUGGGGGUUUAGUUACAUUAUAUGAUCAUAUAUUGCAUAAACCUGCCACAACGUCAAUGUACCCCAUCUUUGGCAGGUCCUACACUAUCAGCCUAGUGUCUGCUUCAUGAGCUACUUACUUGGGGGGGGGAAAAUUCCAUCUAGAGUUCUCUAACUCUGUCAGCACUGAAGUUGCUGUUUAGGGGAUAAUGGUGUUGGAUCUUCUGUUUUUAUUGUAUAAACUGUCUCCCAGCAGCAUCCUACUUAUGCAUAUUCAGGUGAGUGCAGCAAGCCCCCUGUUUACUCAUAAAAUAAAUUGUCCAACAUAUUAAAAUUGUGUAAAUGUUAUAUAUGAAGGAAUAUGAACAGUUUUUAUAAAAUUUUUUUACAUUCAAAUUUUUCUCAUAUCUUUCCAUAGGACAACAACUGUUUCAUUUUGAGCUGUACAGGAACAUGGAAGGGUACAGUCUAUCCAGAUGAUUUUUGUUUUUAAUAUGAAGGAUUGCAUGACACCUCCUCCUCUCCAUCAUCAUCAUCAUCUGUUGGUUAACGCAUUAAUCAUUCGUUCACUCAAACACUCCAAAACGAGUUUGGAAUCCUCAUUCUACCACCUUUUUAAGAAAAGAAAAAAAAGUCUUUAUUAAAAAAAAAAAAUACUACCUUGAAAUCUUGGGAGCCUGCUGUAGUGUGGAUUAACAUUUCAUGGCAUGACAACAUUCUCAAUUGGUUAAAUGUGACAAAUUAAAAUAUGUGAAAAUAAACCUUAGGGAACUAUUUUGGAGGACAUGCUGCAGUGAAUAAAAUAUACAAGACAAACCAGGAAUGCUAAAUACCUUUUUAAAUAAUAGGAAUGUUUAAAACCUUUUGAGAUAUACGUAAAUUGUUUUAUAACAUAAUCCCCAUGAGCUCAAAAGCUGUAAGAAUACUUAAAAAUGACCAAAUACAGCAGUAUUUGUAAAUAAAUGACUGCUACCCUAAAACGUGUGUGGAGUGCAUAACAUAAAAAUUCACCUUUGUGUAAUAGUGAGAAGUUGAAAUUCCAACGCAGUUUAAAGUUAAAGGGAUUACUUUGUGUUAUAUUAAAUCUUUUGCUUGAUAAAAUGCAGGGCUACUGCCGUCAAGAUUUUAUCACUUUCUACAGCCAUAGCUACCAACAGCUGUGGGAAUGAGGCACCAGAAGCUGAAAGUUGUAGAUGAUAGCUCAUGCAGGUGGCAUCUGGUACGUAUAACUGCCCAUCAACUGACGAUGUCACCAUUGAGGCUCUUUGCAAAUAUGAAAAGACUUCAGAAGCUGACAUACCUACUUUAAAUAAAACAGUUACUGUCCAUGUUAGACUAUACGAAAAAAGGGCAUAGGAACAGCAUAAUACAAAAUGUUUAACUCCUUAAGGACCGUGGACGUACAUAGAAAGUGACGGCAGAUAAGAACCAUUCGGCCCAUCUAGUCUGCCCAAUUUUCUUCUUUAGUCCCUGGCCUUAUCUUAUAGUUAGGAUAGCCUUAGGCCUAUCCCACGCAUGCUUAAACUGCUUUACUGUGUUAACCACUACCACUUUAGCUGGAAGGCUAUUCCAUGCAUCCACUACCCUCUCAGUAAAGUAAUACUUCCAGACAUUAUUUUUAAACCUUUGUCCCUCUAAUUUAAGACACUGUCCUCUUGUUGUGGUAGUUUUUCUUCUUUUAAAUAUGGUCUCCUCCUUAACUGUGUUGAUUCCCUUUAUGUAUUUAAAUGUUUCUAUCAUAUCCCCCCUGUCUCGUCUUUCCUCCAAGCUAUACAUGUUAAGAUCCUUUAACCUUUCCUGGUAAGUUUUAUCCUGCAAUCCAUGAACCAGUUUAGUAGCCCUUCUCUGAACUCUCUCUAAAAUAUCAAUAUCCUUUUGGAGAUAUGGUCUCCAGUAUUGUGUACAAUACUCCAUGUGAGGUCUCACCAGUGUUCUGUAGAAUGUCAUGAGCACUACCCUCUUUCUACUGCUAAUACCUCUCCCUAUACAACCAAGCAUUCUGCUAGCAUUUCCUGCUGCUCUAUUACAUUGUCUGCCUACCUUUAAGUCAUCAGAAAUAAUCACCCCUAAAUCCCUUUCCUCAGAUGUUGAGGUUAGGACUCUAUCAAAUAUUCUGUACUCUGCCCUUUGGUUUUUACGUCCAAGAUGCAUUAUCUUGCACUUAUCCACAUUAAAUGUCACUUGCCACAACUCAGACCAUUUUUCUAGUUUACCUACAUCAUUUGUCAUUUGGCUUAUCCCUGCUGGAACAUCAACCCUGUUACAUAUCACAGUAUCAUCAGCAAAAAGACAUACCUUACCAUCAAGACCUUCUGCAAUAUCACUAAUACAAAUAUUAAAGAGAAUGGGUCCAAGUACAGAUCCCUGAGGUACCCCACUGACGACAAGCCCAUGCUUCGAAUAUACUCCAUUGACUACAACUCUCUGUUGCCUGUCACUCAGCCACUGCCUUACCC